AUGUGCGGUAUUUCUGCUAUCGUAGCACUCGCAAAGAAUGCUCAAAAUGGUCUACCUGCAGGCUCUGCCAAGGAUGAGAGUCGAGCAAAGCUCACUGAGCAAAUGCAAGCAAGCUUGAACAGAAUAAAGCACCGCGGACCUGACUCCUCUGGUAUUUGGAUAAGCUCGGACGAACGAAUCGUCCUUGGGCACAAUCGACUUGCCAUCAACGACCUGUCAGACGGUGGGAAUCAACCAUGGCAUACUGCGGACGGCAAGAUCCAUGCUAUCGUCAACGGCGAGCUUUAUGAUUACGAAGCGAUCAAGGAAAAUCUCACAGCAGAGUCUCGAUACAAGUUCACAAGUAACAGCGACUCGGAAAUUGUGCUUGCACUCUAUCAAGUGUACGGGUUAGAUUUCCUCAAACACCUUCGCGGGGAGUUCGCAAUAUGCCUUUACGAUGAAGGCAAGGAUGUUUUCAUUGCCGCGCGGGAUCGAUAUGGCAUCAAGCCUCUGUUCUACACGAAGCAGAGCGGAAGGCUUCUUGUAGCUGCAGAGAUCAAGGCGUUUCUACCCUUAGAUUGGCAGCCCGAAUGGGACGUUGAAAGCCUUGUCGAAGGCGGCUGGAACUUUGACGACAGAACACUGUUUCGUGAAGUAAGAAAGCUCCGGCCUGGGUAUUACAUGACUUGCGCUUCAUCUGGCCAAAUCGAAUACCAACAAUACUGGGACAUUGAAUAUCCGGACAAGCACAUUCUCGACGCCAGGAGCGAAGAAGAAAUCAUAGAAGGCGUCCGCCAACGACUGAUGGAAGCAGUUCGAGUACGACUGCGAGCUGAUGUCCCUGUCGGCGUAUAUCUGAGUGGUGGCAUCGACUCAUCUGUAAUCGCGGGUCUCGUCACACAUCUUGCCAAGGAGCAGGGGCGAGUUUUGGGGAGUCUUCCUCCUGGGGAACGAGUCACUUGCUUUUGCGUCGCAUUUGAAGAGACCAGCGGCUUCGACGAGUCAGACAUCGCAGAACGAACCGCUGACUGGCUAGGUAUCAAGAUGCACAAGCAAAUCAUGAACGAGGACGCACUUGCUGCACGGUUUGAGGAUGCUACGUACCAUUGCGAACACCACAAUCCUGAUUUGAACUACGUUGGCAAGUACGCACUGUCAGAAGUUCCGCAAAAGCUCGGCUUCAAGGUUGUCCUGACUGGAGAAGGGGCUGACGAAACUUUCACGGGAUAUGGUGUUUACCUCCCAGACGUUCUACGCGAAGCUGAUCUGACGUGGAAGGGUGCUAUGCCUGAAGACGAGCGCAUACGUUUAUUUGAGAAGUCAGAAGCUGAUACAAAUGCAUAUUAUAUGUCCGUCGGCGCUGGCGACAUUACCAAGGUCAUUCCAGAGGGCCGAAAGAAGCUGAAUGGCAUUACUACCACGGCAUCGAUGUCGGCUUUCAUGCCUCCAGUUUUCGACGAGUGGACUUCGUCCCUGGAACUUCGAAAUUCGCAGGAUGUCAUCGCUGACGAUGUGCCUGCGCCUGUUCUGGAGAAGGUUCGUCAAAAAUGGCAUCCGGCCAACUCAGCACAAUACGUGUGGAGCAAAAAUCAUCUUCCCAACAUCAUGUUGAGUUGCUUGGGCGAUCGAACUGAGAUGGCACAUUCUGUCGAAGGCCGGACACCCUUUCUGGACCAUCGUUUGACUGAAUAUGUGAAUACUAUACCUCCGAGUCUGAGGAUGAAAUGGAAUGGCACAGCUGUCUCUAGCAACGGCAAGCAACGUACACAAAAUCGACUACAACAAAAUGAUCAGUUCACAGCGAAGUGGGUCUUACGAGAGGCCAUGAGACCCUUCGUCACCAAAGAGAUAUACGAGAGGGUCAAACACCCGUACACGGCGCCCUUGGAGUACGAAGUUGGAGGACCUCUACAUACCGUCCUCAGUCGACUGAUCACGGAACAAAACGUGCGGCAGCUGGGCUUUGUAUCUUGGGACAAGACCAGCAAUCUUUUGGAUCGUGCCUUUGCCGGGAAAGACGCUUCGGCAGCAAGACUCGCAUUCUGCGUGGCCCAAUGGGUUGUGUUGGCGCAGAGCUUUGGCAUCCAGACUGCCGCGCCAUCGUCCAUCUGA